AUGUUACUGUUACGCCAUAAUAUUGUGUCACAUCGCAUAUAUGUUCGUCUCAUAUCUCAAUUCAAGUUGCCGGUCUCAGAUUGUAUUCCUUUCAUACCACCUCGCAAACUACACGAUCCGAAGGCAUGUGCUAUAAGAAAUAGAGGACUUGUCCUUGGCGUUUAUUACAAUGAACACGUAGCUGUUGAUCCGGCAAUCCUCACCGCCAGUGGACAGAAAUAUGAUAAAGAAGUUUCGGGGAAGCUAUGGUCAAUGCUCAAACUAACUCCGAUACCAAAACUAGGCGAAACUAGAGUAUUUUACGACUUAGAUCCAAAGUACGCUUACGUAGCUGUUGCAGGGCUCGGCAGCGAAUGUGUGACAUUCAAUAAAAUCGAGCAGUUAGAUGAAACGAAGGAAGCAAUACGAAUAGCAGCGGCUGCAGGAGCAAGAGCACUUCGUGGUUUUCACCCCAAGGAAAUUGAUGUAGAAUCAUUCGGUAAUGCUGAGGCAGCCGCUGAGGGAGCAAACCUCGCAUUAUGGGAAUUCAACAAAUAUAGAAGUCAUGCAAACCAGAAAGCUAUUCCUAAUCCGAAUCUUCUUCUAUAUGAUGACUGCGACGAGGACGGUUGGAAAAUAGGAACAUUAAAAGCGGAAGCUCAAAAUCUAGCAAGACAUCUACAAGAAAUGCCGGCAAACAUAUUAAAUCCUACUAAGUUCGCUAAGAUAGCUGUGGAUAUUUUAUGUGAGUUGGAUAUUAAUGUGGAGGUGAAAACAAAAGGUUGGGCGGCCGGUCGUGAAAUGGGUGGAUUCGUAUCUGUAGGAAAAUCUUCAGUACAGCCGCCACUGCUCGUAGAACUCAGUUAUUAUGGAGCUGAUGAAUACACACGCCCCAUUAUCAUGAUCGGCAAAGGAGUCACAUUUGAUAGUGGAAGCUUGGACUUGCAGUCACCUAAGGAAUUAAGAUAUAUGAAGGGUGACAUGGCCGGAGCAGCUUGCGUAUUAGCAAUAAUCAGAGCUGCAGCGAGACUCAAACUCCCCGUAAACAUCAGAGGUAUUCUACCGAUGUGUGAGCUGAUGCCCAGCGGAAGAAGUCCCAAAUUUGGAGAUUUAAUUUAUAAUGCGAACGAUAAAUCUAUUCUUAUAAGGAUGCCGUCACGUGAGGGGAGACUUCUUAUAGCAGACAGUUUAGUUUAUGCACGAAACUACUGGCCGAAAUUCAUUAUAGACAUAGGCACAAUGUCAAAAGAACUAUUACAUUACCUCGGCGGAGCAGCAUGCGCUUGUUACACGAAUUCAGACGAGUUAUUCCGCUACAUCGAACUGGCGAGUGCUCAUACAGGUGACAGGGUGUGGAGAAUGCCUCUGUGGAAGUUUUACGAGGACCGCGUCAAUAAUUGCGAGACGGCGGAUGUUGCUAACACAGGACUUGAGCGUUACGGCGACUCCGCUAACUGUGCUGCUUUCCUGAAGCAAUUUGCGAGCGACAGUCAAUGGAUGCAUCUGGACACAUACAACGUGGGCUAUACCUUGGGUACCGACUUCCCGUACCUCGCGCGCGGCAUGACCGGCAGACCCACCAGAACAGUUAUUGAGUUGUUACACCAAAUGAUAGCAUCUUCUAAAUUAUAAUACAAGUAUUAUUCGCUUAUAGACAAUAUUUUUUUGUGUAGUAAUUCGUUCAUGAGAUAUACAUUUUUGAUUUAUUCAUAUUUGUCAAGUAAUAAAACCCUUUAACAUUU